UGUGUUCCUAACUCCGGCGAACGGCGCGACGUAUUUUUACGAAUACCGUAUUCGUUAAUCGAAUACAAAUAUCGCGCGUGGAAGACAGUAUCCUUAGAAACGAAAUUGUGUGUGUUUGAACUUUGUGUAAAAUACGAUAUUUGUGUGUAAGUGGUGUGUGUGUUGUGUAUUAUUCGCUUGGGUCAAGUCCAACACCGCUGGGACAUAUUUGCACUAUGUAUAACGAUGGAUAUCUUCUACAAGCAAGCCAAAGUACCGGUCAAAGUUUAUAACAAGAUGAUGAAAGUAAUACAAUGAAGAUUACAACCGGUAAAGACGUAGAAUAGGGAAAUGUGUCCGCAAAGGUGAUAUAAGAAGAAAAUGGCCAUCUACAAACUGCCAUUACACAUUUGCAACUCAAUAAAGCAGUACUUAUGGAAAAAUGUAUCAAUAUUAAUAGACAAAUUACUGAAAGUGAGACAGGAGGGUACGGUGAAACGGAAAUGCAAAUUAGAAUCUCAGGAGAGAAUUACUUUGAUAGUACUGACAGUGUUGCUGCUAAGUGUUAAUUCCAGUGGUAACAGUUAUAGUGGUAGAAACUCUAUGUUAAGGACCAGAAUUAUAGGUACUAGGUACGGUAAAUUACAAGGCGUCAUACUUCCCAUGGAUCAACAUAAAUACUUGAAACCUGUGGAAGCUUAUUUAGGAGUGCCAUACGCGACACCGCCUACAGGAUCAAAUAGGUUUGCUCCCACUCGUGCACCAGCGCCCUGGGACGACGUGAAGACGGUAGACCACAUGGGUCCAGUCUGUCCCCAAAGAUUACCAGACAUUUCCAACGAGACCAUCACCCUAGAGAAGAUGCCUAAAGGAAGACUGGAAUACCUAAGGAGGCUGUUGCCAAGGCUAAAAAACCAAAGCGAAGAUUGUCUGUACAUGAACAUUUACACACCGGUUCAAGUUGGGCCAACGUUGCUAGCUAAAUAUCCAGUGGUGAUAUUCAUACACGGAGAAUCGUUUGAGUGGAAUUCCGGCAACGUGUACGACGGGGCCGUGCUAGCCAGCUAUGCGGGACUCGUGGUCAUCACUAUCAACUACAGACUUGGAAUAUUGGGUUUCCUGAAUGCAAAUCCAAUACCUCAUCUAAAGGCGCGCGUAGCCAACUAUGGUUUGAUGGACCAAAUCGCGGCGCUGCAUUGGGUGCAGCAGAACAUUGCGCUGUUUGGAGGAGACCCGGGCAAUGUCACCAUGUUGGGCCACGGGUCAGGCGCCGCGUGUAUCAACUUUCUUAUGAUUUCACCUACUGUUGUAACAGGUCUGUUCCACCGAGCUAUCCUUCUAUCUGGCUCAGCACUUAGCUUAUGGGCGCUCGUAGAAGAUCCCGUCAGCUAUUCCGUCCAACUCGCCAAACAAUCAAACUGCACGCUCCCCGAAGACAUCGUCAAAGACCACGAGCUAAUUGUGGACUGCCUUAGAGAAGUGCCCCUACAAGAACUGAUGUCCGCAGAUAUUAGUACACCAAGCUACCUCACAGCGUUUGGUCCAUCGGUGGACGGAGUGGUGGUAAAGACUGAUUAUGCGAAGGAACUGCUAACUUUCUUCAUACCGAAUGAUCUUCAAGGUUUCACCAGCGUGUCAGGAGUCAAUAAUAUAAAGGCGGACAAAAGAAGUGGUGAUAGGAUUUUCGGGAUAAGAGGCGGGCAGAAUAAAUAUGAUCUUCUCUUUGGCGUGGUAACGAGCGAAGCUCUUUGGAAAUUCUCAGCUCAGGAUAUACAAAACGGUUUCGAGGGCGAGCGAAGGGACAGGAUAAUAAGGACUUACGUAAGGAACGCCUACACAUAUCAUUUGAGCGAGAUAUUUUUUACCAUAGUCAACGAAUACACCGACUGGGAGAGAACUGUUCAGCAUCCAAUCAAUACAAGAGACGCGGCAGUGUUGGCUCUCUCGGAUGCCCAAUACGUGGCCCCGCUGGUCCAGACUGGAGACUUCCUCAGCGUCAGCAAGAGCUCCAUAGGAUCCGGCCCGAACACCUUCUUCUACGUGUUCGACUAUCAGACCAAAGAUGGAGACUAUCCACAGGUACGACGCAUGGGUUCCGUACAUGGCGAGGAGUUGCCGUAUCUGUUCGGCGCUCCUCUGGUGGAGGGGCUGGGACAUUUCCCCAAGAACUACUCCAAGUCCGAGGUGGCUCUAUCCGAAGCCUUCAUCUUGUACAUAGCUAAUUUUGUUAGAACUGGAAAUCCAAACGAAGCUCAACGACAAGAAGCAUUGCUUCCGAUAUCAAGAGAGCGAAACAAAUUCAAGAGUAUCUUUUGGGACGAAUACGACACCCUUCAUCAGAAGUAUUUAGAAAUUGGGAUGAAGCCACGGAUGAAGAACCAUUACCGAGCGCACCAACUGUCGGUUUGGUUGCGGCUAAUCCCCGAAAUCCACCGCGCGGGGAUGAAGGACGUCGUCGCCAAACACAACCUAUUCCGCAACCACAAUGACCCGGAAUUGUACGACGGCUUAGUUCGACCCGAUCCACUCACUCGCUCAAAUUACUACGAUCCUACGCUCGAGUUGUACCGCCGGCCCUAUAACGCAAGUCUCGAGAUACCGACCACUACCAUAGAGACGUACGUAACCACAUGCAUCAGCGUCAUGUCGCCCCGACCCGACUCACUUGUCACUCAAAGCCAGACCAACAACGCGACAACUCAAGACGCUUCCAAUUUAGAAGCCGCCGGCUACACUGCCUAUUCCACUGCGCUCAGCGUCACAAUAGCUAUAGGAUGUUCGCUAUUAAUCUUGAACGUCCUUAUCUUCGCCGGGGUUUAUUACCAAAGAGAUAAGACUAGAUUGCAAGUGAAAGCGUUACAGCAACAGAAACGGAAUCAUAAUUCCACUUUUGAUAGCGUGUCGUCGAAACAUCCGCAUUAUUUCGUCGGCCAUUCUCAGAGUUCGAGCACGAUCGUCGACAUCGAUCAUCAGGACAAGAACGCAAUUAUCGCGAUGACGAAUCGCGUUCCGCACUUCACUAAUACGAACUGUCCGAACGUCUGUCACACGGGGAUUCAAAUGUCGAGUUUAACGCAAAAGUCGAGUCCGACGAGUAGGGGCCAGUGCACGACUCUGCCUAGGAAAGUAGGAUUUAGCUAUCAGAACCAGAUUUGUAAUGCAUCUAACUGUAUGACACUGCCGAAGAAUGCUACUUUUAUGAGCGGGGCUAAUUUGCCUGACGUGCAAGCCCAGACUGGUCAAUUGCAGACUCCUGGGAACGGGUCUGUACCUUCGUCUUCGCCGCCUUCGCAACACUUCUCGCAGAAGUCCAGGGUCCCCCAAGCGGCCAUGUCCGAAAUGAAUGUAUGAGAAAUGGAGGAUAUUUACAAUUAUGUCUAAAGUGAAAGUGAAUACCGUGAUAGGGACACGAGUGCUGGCACUGGACAUCGCAUAGUUGUGAAUAUCGUGUGAAAACAAUUUACCGUGUAAAUAAACUGUGAGUUUGGAAAAGUAACAGGUACGUUUUAAGGUUUAUAGAUGUAUCAAUAUUAAUAUUACGUCAUUCGAAUGUACGUAUAUUUAAUGAACCCUCACCAUGUAUUCAUUGGUAUACAUUUUGUAUGAUAUGCAAGGUAUUAGAUACAUUUUCUAAUGAACAUCUAUGUGAACAAAAUUUAAUACUACUCGUAUAUCGUUCAAAAAUGUAUCGAAAGCAGAUGUUAUGUGUAUCUAUUUGUAUAUAAGUGAAUACAUGGCGUUACCCUGUAAAUACGACCAUUUCCAUUUUAAAUGGAUUUACGAAUAAAUUCCCACUUCCGAUUUUUACUUUUAUGCGUUAUACCUUUUUCAUCAUCUAUCCAAAUGUUUAAACGGAAAUUAAAAACAAAAUGUCGAGUACUGAAUUGUUAAUGUCCCUAUGGUUCUUAUUAAUGUCAUUAGUCAUUAAAUGGCAUCAUUGUAAAAAAAUUAGUACCUAAAGACUGUAUUACUUGUAAUAGUUACUGACUUAAAUUUCACCUAUAUUGUAGUGUCAAAUGCGCAACUUAUAAAUAUUCAAUUGAAUAGAAGCAGUCAUAAUUUUUUUUUAAUUUAAUGAAGAAUGAAUGACAAAUAUCAUAUUUAUUUAGCUAAUACUGGCCAAAAUUUGAUAAAUUUUCGUAUUUUACAAAAUUUAUCCAUGAGAUGUUGACUCCACAGAAUUCACUUCAAAGUUUUGUUUUUCAAUACUAGGGUUUGUUUUAUAAUAAGAACAUUUGUCAUAUUUUAAAUAUGACUUAAUUAUAUUCCCUUUCCACUACUAUUUAGUAUAGAAGUGUUACAACAACAGUUUAAAGGGCGGUUGCGGGCUAUGGAGCCAGUAAAGUACUCGUAGUAGUAGUAUUUCGAAAAAAAAUAAAAUUAAAUAUUAUUGUUUAGCACAAUUAUUAAUUUUAUUUUAUUUUUUGUGUAAAAUUGUCGCAAAUAUUGACAAAGUUUUCGCUGCAAAUAACAAUAUGAAUUUGGUGUUCAUGAUUCAAUGCAAAAGAAUCACCAUACCAAUAGUGAUAUUACAGAUUCCAGUUAUUACAAUUAAUGAUGUAAUGCGUAUAGACACUACAAAGUAGGUCAUGUCUUGUCUUAUAAAUUAAAUAUUAGACUCUUGCGUUAAUUAAAUUACAAUUCCAUAGAGAAAUUUUUCUAGUAAAUUCAAAAUUUACGAGCAAGAUGUUUAAAAUAAUUUUGUGUCAAAUCCGUAUGAGUAUGAAUCUGCGGUGAUUCAAAAAACUUUUAAAAUUCAAAAUAAAAAUUAUAUUACUUACCUACCAUGCUCAAUUAUACAUCACACCCACAAUUAACUAACCACCGAUUAAAUAGAAAUAAAGGAAAUUUGAGUUAAACUCAUAUCAUUAUGAGUUAUGGCAUAUAAACAUGCAAACACUGAAUUACGAGUAAAUCAAUUUUGUUUAGUUUAAUUGAUUAUGAUAUGCGAUGCAUGCUCAAUUUUACAUCAUAUAUUAAAUAAAAUAUUUGAAUCAGCAAAGUUUGAGUUUAACUCAUAUAAUAUUGAGUUGUGGUAAUACUAAAUUGAAUCAAUUAUGAAGUCUUGUUGCUCUGGAUUGACUUACAUAACCGGUGCAUGUUCAAUUUUACAUCACAGAGAGAAACUCAAUUUCCAUUCUCCAUUGUCUGUAAAUCCUUAUUUAAUUAUUCAAUUUCUUCCCACUGUUAAUGCAAACGGUUUAUUGUGUGGCGCACUUGCAAUCGCAAUCAUAUUUUAUAAUGCCUGCGAAAUGGUCUGUCUAAUUUUCAUAUUUCAAUUUCACGGUGGAUGCAAUUAAAGCUUAACAGCUCAAGCUUAAUGCUUAAUGAUUAAGGAGUGAAAGAGAAAUUUAAAAUGGCUUGGUGCGCUUUUAUUCCGUCACCGUCUAAGACAGGAUUUUCUAUAUGUUGGAAAGAAAAGGAGAAUUUGUAACCAAAUCCAAAAAAAUCUUUAUUAAAUUUUUACAGAUUAUACUAAACUUUAUAUAAAGUUGAUUCUUUUUAUUUCCGCGAUUAUUAUUUGAUUAUAUGUUAUAUAUAUUAUAUGUAUAUAUUUUCAAGGCAGAACUUUAAUUUUUACAGUCACAAUUGACGAUUUUGUGAUUGUGAGUGCGUCACUCAAUGAACCCCAGAUGGCGUUCCCUUGAUCAUUGAAUUAAUUAAUAUCGGAAUCAGAAUACUUAAUGGUCUGUAUCUUUAAUUUUAUUUAUGAAAAUUUUAUACAAAAAUUUAUAAUUAAAUUAAUUAUUAAAUUUCAAAUUUGUAUUUUGACGUUAUAAAUAUUUAUUGUGUGUUAAAUAUUUCUGUUUUGUUGUGUUGUAUUAAGGUCUAUUCCCACAUAUACCGUUUGUGUCAGGGAUGGGGCAGGAAUAUGCUUGCAUUAAAGAAAAAAAAACAUAAGUGACUUUUACCCUGUAAUAUUUUGUAAAACAGCCUUAAAAAAUUAAUGGUUUGUAUAAAAGUACUAGUAAAACAUAUAUAAAAAAGUCUUAAUAAAGCCACGAAUAUAUGCCAACAUUCGUGCCCAAAAGCUACUUACAAACUAUACUAAUAUUUUAAAGCUGAAAGUUUGUAUGUUUGUUUGCUUAAACUCGCUAAUCUCAGGAAUUACUGAUACGAUUUGAAAAUUAUUUUAGUGUUAGAUAGCCCAUUCAUCAAGGAAAGCUAUAGGAUAUGUGCCCGUAGGACUAUGGGGAUAACAUAUAUCCGUGGCGUCAGCUAGUUACAGUAUAAUACUGACAUUUAUAUAAAUAUUAGUUAGACAAUGCCUGUUGUACAGUGUACUGAUGCUUACCCAGGCUUAAGGUUGUCUGGCAGAAAUUUCUACUAACCAAUCACACCUAUAGCAAUGACAUCGUAUUUUUUCGGUAUGAUACAGUUUUACAUAAUUUAUAUUAUGUUUUUACGUGGUGUACUAAUAGAUAAAAGUACGCAUAAAUACGUUAUACGCAUAAAUAUAUUCAUAUUUCUAUUUAUAUAUCUUAUAUGUAUAUAUAUAUGUAAUAUUAAUUAUUGUAUGUUGGCUUUAUGUUAUUAUCAUUUUAUUUAUACGCUCUUAUCAAGGUUUUUUGUUUUUUGGUUUUUUAUUUUGUGUUUUAUUAUAUGAAUUUUUAUUUUGAAUGUAUUAAAAGUAUUUUGAUUAGUUGUUUAGUUUGUAAUUAUAACUGACUGUGACGUCACUCGGGUCUCAGCUGAAAAUCAGCGCUGCGCUUUGCUUUCCAGCGAUGAACGGCUAAUACUGAGCUGUAAACCCUUUCUGUUUGGUGUCACAGACAGUCAUAUAAUAUCUAAGAUAGGAUGUACUGUUUGUGACACUAAAAAGUGAAUAAACUUAUUUUCUUUCUUUCUUUCUUUUCUUUCUUUAUACUUCGAAGAAGUAAAAUUUUGUUAAAAGAAAACAGCUAAUUUAAUCGUAGUACAAUGUCACGAUAAAUGUCCGGCAGUCCGGUCACAUCCCUGACGCGGCACUGUUGUGUUUAGAUAGAGCUUUAAUGAAUUAACUAAUUUAGGUGCUCCUCUUGUGUGUAUUCGAGUAUUUGUAUAGAUUUCAACAAUCGAUUGUUGAUUUAUUUGUUCGAAUAACUAAAUAAUAUGUUAUCUAACCGUUACUACUACGAAUCUUAUGACAAGUAUUAAGUAACAAGAAAUAAGAUGGAAUAAAAUCAUAACAAAUU